AUGGCCGAGUUAAGAAAGAUGCCUAGUGGAGUUAAUAGUGAAGGUGAUAGGAUGAUUGAUUUUAAGGAGCUUAAGGUGAUGAUGAUGAGUGCUAGGUGGGAUUCCAUGGACGCUUUCAAAGAAAUUAGGAAUUGUCAGGUACAAGAAGAAGAAAGUCAAGCGAUGCAAAGCAAAGGCAUUGAAAGAGAAGGAGACAGUGAUGAGACUGACCAUCUAGCUGUGGUAGUCCAGUGCAUGACCGUUCACAAGAGAGGAAGGAGUACGAAAGAGGUUUCUGGGGGAAUGUUUGGUUUGUGGAGACAAGAACAGAAGACUAGAGCUGCAAGGCUAGAGAAACAACUCAAAGCAAGGUGGAAAAUUGAGGAGCUAAUUGAAGAGCAAUUGAAUAGGUUCCCUGCUCACUACAACCAUGCCGUGCUCCCAGCCAGGCUCAAGGAUGUUCCCCAGCUCCUCAUGCCUAAAUGGUUUCUGCCUCAUGAAUUGGCCACUCUGGCUUGGCUAGGGGAUUGGCGGCCCUCUGCCAUUCUAGACCUUGUCCAUGUCCUGGUCCAAUCCUCAUCAUUCUCGCUGUCAUCUUCUUCAUCCAACUCGAAUGCCGUUGAGAGGCUCCUAGCACAGCUUAUUCAUGAAAUACGUAUUGAGGAGGCGAUAAUAGAUGAAGAAAUGGCUGAGAUUCAAGCCACAUGCAUCAUUCUCCUUCCCUUUGCUCCUAUCAGAAAUCAUCGAAGGGGUGCUAAUGCAUUGAGUUGCAUUCGGGCUGAGUUCAAGAAGAUAGAAAGAGUAAUAGUUAAGGCCCAGCAACUGAGGUUGAAGGCGUUGGAGUUGGCAGUGAAGAAAGUUUUAAGGCAAAGUGAUGCAGCAGAAUUUCUAGUGGCAUUUGCGGGAAUUCAGGAAGUGAUCCACCAGUUAGCAGCAAAACAGAAGCUACCAAAAGGUCCAGUCAUUCUGCCUGCCCAGGAUUUUGAAGGGUCAGAGCGGAAAAGUGACGCAACCCGGCAUCAGCAGUCGUCGUUUCGAGUUUUUGGAAUCCGAAAAUCCGGGGUCAUGUGCACGCGCCCAUAA